CACGUGACCACUUGCGACUGACCCAAUUUUUCUUUUCCUUCCAACGGCAUGCUUCUGUAUGGCUUUGAGAGUUUGCUGCUUUAGCCCACAAUGAAAAGAUCAGCCACCGACGACAUUCAUUCCAGUACCCAGAAGCGUCCUCUGAAUCACACUCAUUCACCAGCACAAACUUCUCCUCCACCAUACUACAGCAAUGCCUCUCCUGCUUCUAUAACGUCUUCUUCGCCCCAAUAUACUCCACAACAUCGACGAUCACCAAAAGAGACUAGGAAAUAUGUCGGCUGUUCCAGGAUAUCCGACUAUGAAAUGGAGGACAAGCUAGGUGAAGGAACAUUUGGAGAAGUACACAAAGCACGUCGAAAACCAACAGGAGAAUUAGUAGCCCUCAAAAGGAUUCUUAUGCACAAUGAAAAGGAUGGAGUGCCCAUAACAGCUAUCCGUGAGAUCAAAAUCCUGAAGCAGCUUCAUCAUAAAAAUAUCGUUCCUUUGACAGAUAUUGCAGUUCAGAAAGGAAACCGAAGUAAAAAAGAAAGAACAAGUAUAUACAUGGUAUUCCCGUAUAUGGACCAUGAUCUGGCUGGCCUUUUGGAGAACCCAUCUGUUAAGCUCUCCGUACCCCAAAUUAAAACCUAUCUCAAGCAACUUUUGGAAGGAACUUCCUACUUACAUCAUAACAAAAUUUUGCAUCGUGACAUGAAGGCGGCCAAUCUUUUAAUCAGCAAUGAAGGUAUACUUCAAAUAGCUGACUUUGGAUUGGCCAGAGGCCUGGAGGAAGAUGGAAAAGAAUAUACCAAUUGCGUUGUAACCAGAUGGUACCGACCACCAGAACUCUUCCUUGGUGAACGACGAUAUACAACGGCCAUUGAUAUGUGGGGUGUUGGCUGUGUCUUUGGUGAAAUGUUAAAGUCCAGACCAAUAUUACAAGGUUCAACCGAUCUUGACCAGCUGCAGAAAAUCUUCUGGUUAUGUGGUUCUCCCACGCAGGAAACCAUGCCGGACUGGGAUAACUUACCCCAAGCGAACACCGUUACGUUUGGCCCAUACCAACGUCGAGUCAAAGAUGAAUUUUCAUCUUUUGGAUCACAGGCCGCUGGUUUGUUGGAUCAACUCCUGGUCCUUGACAAAAAUAAGCGUUUGACUGCCGACGCUGCUCUGGAUCAUGACUAUUUCUGGACGAACCCAUUGCCUGCUGAACCUACGGACUUGCCGAAAUAUGAGGCUUCACACGAAUACGAUAGACGCAAACAGAAGCAAGAGCAUCACAAUGGCAAUGGUCCCCAUAAACCUGGUAGAGAUAGCUCUCUCCCCGCCAUCGGAGCUCCACCUCAUCAAGCAUUACCGUCCUCAAAUUACGCCGGACGGCAUGGAUACGGAUCCAACCAGGCAGGUCGAAAAUACGAUAACAAUGAUCGCUACAAAUCGUAUGAUAGAGAUAGAAGCUAUCAUGAUAAGCUUGAUCGAAGGGAUGGGCAUGAUAGAGACAAGGAUCGUGAUAGGGAUCGUGAUAGAGACAGGGACAGAGAUCGAGGACGUGAUCGAGAUAGAGAUAGAGACAGAAGUAAUCGAAAUGAUCACUCCAGCUCUAGCAAAGAUCAUCGUCCGCCUCAUCCGCUCCCUGCCAGACCUUCGACUACUGUUCCUCCUGCACCAACUAAGCGUUAUUAAAUGGAAUUUUCACUAUUCGCUCCUGAACAAUCAAUGCUUUCAAUGUAGUAUAGUUAAAGAUGUGUUUUCGUGAUAAUGUUGAUUACGAUAUAAAUCAUGA